GUCCCAGAGUGCAAUGUGGUCGGCCCCUGCAGCGGGGAUUGGCGUGAGAGACGGAGAGACGAAGGUUCUAUUUGACCCUCGUAGCCCCGAGGAGGUCCUGGCUGAUGAACUUCCUGCUUCUAACGGGCCAGAAGCCACAGAGAAGACUGCUAUCAGGUUGAGAUGUCUGCUGAAACAGCUGGAGAGAGGAGAGGUGUCUCUGGUGGACCUCAAGAAGAACCUGGAGUAUGCUGCCACUGUUCUGGAGUCAGUUUAUAUAGAGAAGACCAGGAGAUUGGUGGAUACAGAGGAAGAGCUCAGCGAUAUCCAAUCAGAGUAUGUGCCUUCAGAGGUGCGUGAUUGGUUGGCCUCUACAUUCACCCGUCAGAUGGGUUUGAUGCUGCCGCAGACCGAGGAGAAACCACGCUUCAGGAGCAUCGUACACGCCGUGCAGGCUGGUAUCUUCGUAGAGAGGAUGUACAGACGUACCUCUAGCAUGGUGGGAGUGAGCUCUCCUGCUACAGUUGUAGCAGUACUGAAGCACGUUGAUAAGUGGUCGUUUGAUGUGUUUGCUCUGAACGAGGCCAGUGGAGACCACGCCCUCAAGUUCAUCUUCUUUGAACUACUGACCAGAUACGACCUCAUCAGCAGAUUCAAGAUCCCGGUCUCAGCGGUGUUCUCGUUCGUAGAAGCUCUGGAGGUGGGCUACGGUAAACACAACAACCCCUACCAUAACCUGAUGCAUGCUGCAGACGUCACACAGACAAUACACUACCUACUGCUGAAGACUGGCAUCGUGCAUUGGUUGACAGAGCUAGAGAUCUUUGCCAUGAUCUUUGCAGCAGCGGUUCACGACUACGAACACACUGGAACCACCAACAAUUUCCACAUCCAGACCAGAUCAGACACAGCGAUCCUGUACAACGACCAGUCUGUCCUCGAGAGCCACCAUGUCAGCGCAGCAUACCGCCUCCUACAGGACGAUGAUGAGAUCAACAUACUAUACAACCUGUCUAAAGACGACUGGAGAGAGCUGAGGGGCCUGGUGGUACAGAUGGUUCUGGCUACAGACAUGUCCUGCCACUUCCAGCAGCUGAAACAUAUGAAGAACUUUCUCCAGCAACCGGAGGGGAUUGAUAAACCCAAAGCCCUGUCUUUGCUGCUCCAUACAGCUGAUAUCAGCCACCCAGCUAAGACCUGGGACCUGCACCACCGCUGGACAGCGUCCCUUCUGGAGGAGUUCUUCAGACAGGGCGAUAAGGAGGCGGAGCUAGGACUGCCCUUCUCUCCUCUGUGUGACCGCAAGUCAACCAUGGUGGCCCAGUCCCAGAUAGGGUUUAUAGACUUCAUUGUGGUUCCAACCUUCACCGUGUUGACAGAAAUGACGGAGAAGAUUGUCAUUCCUCUCAUCAACGAGGCGUCACUCAGCCUGGCAGGUCUAAACAGUAUUAGCUGUGAGGAUGCUAAGCGUGGUAGUGUAAAAAGUACCAGGUCAGAGGGCAGUGCUACUGGACAUUUUUCUCUACUGGCUGUGGACCUGAAGAACUUCAAGGCUCUGUGGAACGAAGAGGUUUAUCAGAACAGAGAGAGAUGGAAGACACAGGCCACUAAAGAGACACAGGAGAAGGCCAGAAGGGAGGCUGAGGAGGAGAGAGUGCUGCAGGAAGACACUAUGGAACCCCAGGAGAGAGAAAUUGAAACAGAGCUGGGAGAUACAGAAUCACAGGAGGGAGAGGAAGAGGGAGAGGAAGAAGAGGUGGAGGGAGUGGGAGAAGAGGAGAGUGAAGUGCAAGAGGAGCUCAACUUACGUCAGGACAAAUGCACAGAGAAGACCGAAGAGAGAGAUGGAGUGAGGACAGGAGAGAGGGAUGGAGUGAGGACACAGACUGGAAGUGCAGCAGACACCAGCCCACCAUUACAGAAGUCGGUAGAUCUGCACUAGGAUCAAGCAGCAGACCAGGAGGCUGAAGCUCUAACGCUCUCUACUGGACAGAGACUAUUACAUGUCAUCCCUCCAUCCUCCAUCUGCUGUUUCUUAUCAUAUGUAGAGUACGUAAGAGCCAACCUCUACUUUAUACAUGAGAGCUCUUUGAAGCAAUGAGGAAAAAUCAGAACUUCAGAUCUUGAGAACUUACUGAAUUGACUGAAUUGAAAUGUAAUGGAACCCAACCCUGUUGCUUAUUGCAGGGUAUUUGAGCCAAACCCUUCCUUUCCUAUGUUGUGAUUGACAUUGUUUUUGUUUUUACAGUUGAGGUGCAUUAUGGGUAAAGAGCCUUCACAGACUCUUCAAUCCACCGACACCCCCAACUGGAUGUAUCUACAGUUGAAGUGGGAAGUUUACAUACACCUUAGCCAAAUACAUUUUAACUCAGUUUUUCACAAUUCCUGACAUUUAAUCGUGAAAAUUCCCUGUCUUAGGUCAGUUGGGAUCACCACUAUAUUUUAAGAAUGUGAAAUGUCAGAAUAAUAGUAGAGAGUAUUAAUUAUUUUCAGCUUUUAUUUAUUUCAUCACAUUCCCAGUGGGUCAGAAGUUCACAUGCACUCGAUCAGUAUUUGGUAGCAUUGCCUUUAAAUUGUUUAACUUGGGUCAAAUGAUUUGGGUAGCCUUCCACAAGCUUCCCACAAUAAAUUGUGUGAACUUUGGCCCAUUCCUCCUGACAGAGCUGGUGUAACUGAGUCAGGUUUGUAGGCCUCCUUGCUCGCACACACUUUUUCAGUUCUGCACACACAUUUUUUAUGGGAUUGAGGUCAGGGCUUUGUGAUGGCCACUCCAAAACCUUGACUUUGUUGUCCUUAAGCCUUUUUGCCACAACUUUGGAAGUAUGCUUGGGGUCAUUGUCCAUUUGGAAGACCCAUUUGCGACCAAGCUUUAACUUCCUGACUGAUGUCUUGAUGUUGCUUCAAUAUAGCCACAUAAUUUUCCGCCUCAUGAUGCCAUCUAUUUUGUGAAGUGCACCAGUCCCUCCUGCAGCAAAGCACCCCACAACAUGAUGCUGCCACCCCCACAACAUGAUGCUGCCACCCCCACAACAUGAUGCUGCCACCCCCACAACAUGAUGCUGCCACCCCCGUGCUUACGGUUGUUUCAUCAGACCAGAAGACAUUUCUCCAAAAAGUACAAUAUUUGUCCCCAUGUGCAGUUGAAAACCAUAGUCUGGCUUUUUUAUGGCGUUUUUGGGGCAGUGGCUUCUCCCUUGCUGAGCGGCCUUUCAGGUUAUGUCGAUGUAGGACUCGUUUUACUGUGGAUAUAGAUACUUUUGUACCUGUUUCCUCCAGGAUCUUCACAAGGUCCUUUGCUGUUGUUCUGGGAUUGACUUGCACUUUUCACACCAAAGUACGUUCAUCUCUAGGGGAUAGAAUGCGUUUCCCUCCUGAGCGGUAUGAUGGCUGCGUGGUCCCAUGGUGUUUAUACUUGCAUACUAUUGUUUAUACAUAUGAACGUGGUACCUUCAGGCAUUUGGAUAUUGCUCCCAAGGAUGAACCAGACUUAGCCUUGAAAUACAUCCACAGGUACAAAUUAUGUAAAUUACCUAUCAGAAGUUUCUAAAGCCAUGACAUCAUUUUCUGGAAUUUUCCAAGUUGUUUAAAGGCACAGUCAACUUAGUGUAUGUAAACUUCUGACCUACUGGAAUUGUGAUACAGUGAAUUAUAAAUUAAAUAAUCUGUCUGUAAACGAUUGUUGGAAAUAUUACUUGCGUCAUGCAUAAAGUACAAGUCCUAAUAAACUUGCCAAAACUAUAGUUUGUGAACAAGACAUUUGUGGAGUUGUUGAAAAAUGAGUUUUAAUGACAACAACCUAAGUUUAUGUAAACUUCACCCUUGAACUGUAUGUGUUAAUUACAUAACUGUAACUCACCUGGAAUACUCCUCUAGACCUUUAGCGCCUGUCACAGCCGUUAACCUCACCUUCUGUUAGGAACAGCGUCAGCCAAGCUUGUGCGACUGACAUUAAGUCACCCUUAUACCUCUACUGACUAGACUAGCCUGAGGAACCGACGCUAAGUCACCUUUAUACCUGUACCUAAAUAGACUAGCCUGGGGAACCGACACCAAGUCACCUUUAUACCUGUACCUAAAUAGACUAGCCUGAGGGACCGACGCUAAGUCACCUUUAUACCUGUACCUAAAUAGACUAGCCUGAGGGACCGACGCUAAGUCACCUUUAUACCUGUACCUAAAUAGACUAGCCUGAGGGACCGACGCUAAGUCACCUUUAUACCUGUACCUAAAUAGACUAGCCUGGGGAACCGACACCAAGUCACCUUUAUACCUGUACCUAAAUAGACUAGCCUGAGGGACCGACACCAAGUCACCUUUAUGUACCUGACUAGACUAGCCUGGGGAACCGACACCAAGUCACCUUUAUACCUGUACCUAAAUAGACUAGCCUGAGGGACCGACGCUAAGUCACCUUUAUACCUGUACCUAAAUAGACUAGCCUGAGGGACCGACGCUAAGUCACCUUUAUACCUUUACCUAAAUAGACUAGCCUGAGGAACCGACGCUAAGUCACCUUUAUACCUUUACCUAAAUAGAUUAGCCUGAGGGACCGACGCUAAGUCACCUUUAUACCUGUACCUAAAUAGACUAGCCUGGGGGACCGACGCUAAGUCACCUUUAUGUACCUGACUAGCCCCGGGCGACCAACGCUAAGUCACCUGUACUGGACUAGCCUAUUCCGGGCGACCAACGCUAAAUCACCUGUACCUGACUAGCCUAUUCCGGGCGACCAACGCUAAGUCACCUGUACUGGACUAGACUAGCCCGGGCGACCAACGCUAAGUCACCUGUACCUGACUAGACUAGCCCGGGCGACCAACGCUAAGUCACCUGUACCUGACUAGACUAGCCCGGGCGACCAACGCUAAGUCACCUGUACCUGACUAGACUAGCCCGGGCGACCAACGCUAAGUCACCUGUACCUGACUAGACUAGCCCGGGCGACCAACGCUAAGUCACCUGUACCUGACUAGACUAGCCCGGGCGACCAACGCUAAGUUACCUGUACCUGACUAGACUAGCCCGGGCGACCAACGCUAAGUCACCUGUACCUGACUAGACUAGCCCGGGCGACCAACGCUAAGUCACCUGUACCUGACUAGACUAGCCCGGGCGACCAACGCUAAGUCACCUGUACCUGACUAGACUAGCCCGGGCGACCAACGCUAAGUCACCUGACUAGACUAGCCCGGGCGACCAACGCUAAGUCACCUGACUAGACUAGCCCGGGCGACCAACGCUAAGUCACCUGACUAGACUAGCCCGGGCGACCAACGCUAAGUCACCUGACUAGACUAGCCCGGGCGACCAACGCUAAGUCACCUGACUAGACUAGGGUUAGAGACUAUUUUUUUGAACAAAUCAGAUCAAAUAUGUCUAUCCACUGUUCAUAUAUAGAAGAUUCUGUUUUGCAUUUGAUCUGAUCCUUUACCUUUAUAUAACACCUUAAACCUUUCUUUGUGAUGCAAAGUCAAACAUGUUUAUACUGAGGUAGUUAUUUCUGGUGAUCCUGUGUGUCAUUCCAGGCUUAGCUCUAUUGACGUUAAGUCACCUUUAUACCUGACCUGACUAGACUAGUUGUUCCUGUGUGUCUUUCAGAGUUUAGCUGUACUAAAAUGUAUUAUUCUGGACAUCCAUAUCUUUCUCUCUCCUUUCUUCCUAUAGGUUUAAUUUGGGACACAGGGCAUUGUUAAUGGCCUAGUACUGUUCAUUAACUGUUGGGGAUAAGCGUUCCAAAUUUGGAACACCCCCCCCCCACACGUUCAGCUGGAAUGUGGCGCAUGGAAUGCAAAAAAUAUUCCUAAAAAUAUAUAACCUCCACACAUUAACAAGUCCAAUAGCUCAAAUGAAAGAUAAACAAGUUGUUUAUCUACCCAGCAAGUCAGAUUUCUAAAAUGUUUUACGGCGAAAGCAUAGCACAUAUUUAUGUCAAACCACCACCGCAGACAUAGCUCAUUUGCAUAGCCAAGUUGGAAAAAAUAUGCAAUCAACAAACGCAGGAUUAAAAGAAAAAUAGUUUCACUAACCUUUUGAAAUCUCACAAUGAGACGCCCCAUUGAAAGCAGGCAUCGCGCUGAACACAUAGGGACCGUUCCCAGACCUGUAAGUGGUUGGGAAGGGUGGGGGCGAUGACGUCAAAGUUGGGCCAACUUUUCUCAUGACAAGAGAGAGUUUGGGAGAAUGACUGCCCUGAGAGUUCUGCUUUACAUAGAGACAAAAUGUAAACGGUUUUAGAAGCUUUAGAGUGUUUUCUAUUCGAUAAUAUUUUUUUUAUAUGCAUAUAUUAGCAACUUUUGACAAAAAUGUAUCCUGUUUAAUAUGGGCACCCAAUUCCUCCAAAGGGGGCAGUAAACAGCCUUGUUGGGUGCCAUCAUUACAAUGUUGAUGUUUGUUUAAAAUGUGCCUUAAUGAACAGUACUAGGCAAUUAACAAUGCCCUGUGUCCCAAAUGGCACCCUAUUGUCUAUGGGCCAUGGACAAAAUGAGUGCACUUAUAUAUAGAGAAUAAGAUGCCAUUGAGACAUGGCCAGUUGUAACUUGGCUGUUUUUAAAACUAUAAGACACCCCAUAUGGAAUAUGAUCUAUAAGUGACCUACUGUCUAUUAUUAUAAUAAUAUAAUGAUAUUGAACUUCUGCCAUACUGUAUAUGCGGAGAUAUCAUAUGAUAGGAGAAAUGCUUUGGGCAUUUAUUUAGCAUUUAAUGAUUCAUGAUUUGAUGUUCUCCCUCUGAAGACAGUAAGAUGUUUCUCUAUCUGUGAUUUCACAUAUAAUAUCCCACGGAAUACUACAGCUUAGUAAAUAUAGAUGUUCUGAUUAGCAGAAUUAGCUAUAUAUCGUAUCAUGUUUAUAAUCUAUAAACGGGAUUCAUAUGAUUGUUGCAUUAUUCCUAUAAUGAUUUAGUUUAUUAGCUACAUAUGGAUCUAUGUUUAAAUCUAGCAGGGUAAUGCAGUCAGUGGUUAGUUACCAACAUAUUGAAUGUGUGCCUAUACUCUAUACCACAUAAGAAAAACAAGCCACAACAAGCCACAACAAGCCACAUUCAACAAGCCACAACGAGCCACAUUCAACAAGCCACAACAAGCCACAUUCAACAAGCCACAACGAGCCACAUUCAACAAGCCACAACGAGCCACAUUCAACAAGCCACAACGAGCCACAUUCAACAAGCCACAACAAGCCACAUUCAACAAGCCACAACAAGCCACAUUCAACAAGCCACAACGAGCCACAUUCAACAAGCCACAACAAGCCACAUUCAACAAGCCACAUAAGAUAAAGAGAUGUUAUCACCGACGGGGUUUGUGAUGGCCGUCUAAAUGUCUUAGACUUACAUUUACAUUUACAUUUAAGUCAUUUAGCAGACGCUCUUAUCCAGAGCGACUUACAAAUUGACUUCACUCUCUUCAAUCAAAGUCAACUGGGUUAAAAGGUACAUAAAAAAUCCUCAUUGUUUCUGGAAUAUUAUACCUCAAUUAGUUUUUCAGAAGCUUGAAGGGCUUCAUUUUUUACUACAAUGCCCGUAUAUUGUGGGCAAACUUCCUGUGGAAUUGGCGGCUUUUCACAAGCAGGCUUUAAUGUGCUGGGCUUUGUUGUAUAAACACAACUUUUCACCUCAUAAUUAAAUAGAAACAAGAUGUUAUUUAACCAUAAAUGCUUCUCUAAAAACAUUGUCCUUGUCAGCCAAUUAGUUAAUAUUAGUGGGAAUCUAUUUACACAGAGAGAAUUUAUGGAAAGAUACGACUUUGAGGUUUCAAGCAAGGAAUAUGACAGUUAUUAAAGCUAUAUGUAGUGGGAUAAAAACAUUACUACUGAAUAAUGCAUAUUUUGGAAUAUCUCCUAUUGUAGGUGAUAUCCAGGUGAAUGGCAUAGGUUUACUAGAUAAGAAAUUCAACAAUUGUUUAUUAAGGGAUAUUUUCUACAGGAAGUCUAUUCCCUCUGCGAUAUUUUGUUGGGCUUCAUUGUUUGAUGUAAACUGACGUAGUGCUUGGUUCACUACACACAAAGUUUUGAUGACCAAUAACGUAAAGGAGAUCUCCUUUAAGAUGCUCCAUAGAUUCUAUCCGUGUAAUAGCUUGAUUUCUAAAUAUUUCUAAAUAUGUACCUGAUGUUACCAGUGAAUGCAGUUUUUGUGAAUUAGAAACAGAAUCGAUUGAACACUUAUUCUGUCUUUGUUUAGCAAGUGAAGUGUUCUGGACUGAUGUAAAACUAUAUCUUGGCAACAAAAUUUUAAAGUUAAAGUUUUACAUAUUAUUUUCCUACACUGAUUCCACAAUUGAACGUGAGUAUGUCAUAAAUCUCUUUAUUUUACUAGGAAAAUGUUCCAUAUACAAAUCAAAAUUUAUGAAGAAAAAGACCCUUUUUCUUAAUUAAAAAAAAAUCUGAUUUGGAAAACUAUUUAGAGUCAUUAAAAUAUUAUACAAAACAAAAUGUAUCCGUUACAUGCCUGUAUUUGAAUUGAUAUUGAAUUGUUUCAUUUUUUUUCUUAUUUCUUUGUGGAAUCCCUCUGGCUGUUCUGUUUAUGUUUUUCAUGUUUAAAGUUAAUAAUAAUAACAAUACAAAUAUAUAUAUAUAUAACUACAGUGGGGAACAAGUAUUUGAUACACUGCCGAUUUUGCAGGGUUUCCUACUCACAAAGCAUGUAGAGGUCUGUAAUUUUUAUCAUAGGUACACUUCAACUGUGAG